AUGUGUCAGUAUAUGCCAUACGGUGACUUCAAUUGGGUUGAAUCCAACUUGAACGGACUGAGUGAGAUGUCGCCAACGUCAAACAAAGGUCGAGUAUAUGAAAUUGAUGUAUCAUACCCACAACAUUUACAUGAUAAACAUAAUGACCUGCCUUUCCUGCCACAAAACGGUAUACCACCAGGCUCAAAGGUGAAAAAAUUAAUGUCAACGUUUCAGCAGAAGAAAAAUUAUAUUAUACAUUACCGGAACCUACAGCAGGCAAUUAAAAAUGGGUUAAUAGUUGAAAAAGUGCAUAGAGUUUUAGAAUUUAGUCAGUCUGCAUGGUUGGCUGAUUAUAUUAACUUAAACACAGAGAUGAGGAAGAAGGCACAGAACGACUUUGAGAAAGACUUUUUCAAAUUAAUGAACAAUGCGGUAUUUGGGAAGACUAUGCAAUCGAAAAGGAAGGAAAUGAAGAUGGAGUUGGUGUCGUGUGAGAGACGAUUACAAAAACUUAUUAAUAAGACGACAUUUAAACAUGCUACCAACUAUAACGAAAACCUGAACGCGGUGGCACUAGAAAACAAAAUAAUCAAAUUUGAUAAGCCUAUAUAUAUUGGAUUUGCUGUUCUUGACAUUUCCAAGACGAAAAUGUACGAUUAUCACUACAACGUAAUGCAGAAGCACUAUGGUGAUAAUAUCAAACUUAUGUAUACUGAUACUGAUUCGUUGGUAUACCAUAUUAAAACUGAAGAUUUUUACAAAGACUUGAUUGAGAAUCCCAACUUGAUGGAUAGAUUAGACACGUCGGACUUGCCUCCUAUCCAUCCAUGCUACACUACAGCUAGGAAGAAGGUGCCCGGGUUCUUCUCUGAUGAAGCAAAAGGUCAUAUAAUGACAGAGUUUUGUGCACUACGUGCAAAAUCAUACGCGUACAACAUAUAUACAGGAGAAGAGGAUGAGCAGAAAGAUAAAGAUGACAGAGUUGGAGGAGAAAACAUAAAGGCGAAGGGUGUAAGACAGCAUGUGGUUAAAAACCAUAUGACGUUGGAGGAUCAUGUUAAGUGUUUGUUCGGAGAUGAAAGUCUUGAUAAAUAUACAGAAAAUGUCUCCAUACGCUCCUUUAAACACCAGCUAAUGACAAUCAAAACAAAUAAAUUGACAUACAACAACUACGAUGACAAAAGAGUGGUGCUAGGCGAUAAAAUACAUACACUGGCUCACGGUCAUUAUAGUUUAGAGUAUGAUAACGAGCAGAUUGUUGAUUGGCCAGAUCAUGAGUUUACUGUAGACGUUACUGGGCGUGAGUGGGAGGAAUCGGAUAAAGAUUUAAUGAGAUUACUUCUAAUGGAAUGCAUGUCCAAAUAA